CGGGCCGCGGCGGGGUGGGGACGCGAGUGCCCGCCCCGCGCCCUCCGACCCCGCUCUGGGCGCCGAGUGGCAUUCGCCCGCCGGCCGAACGUGGUUGGUGCACGGCCGUGGCCGCCACUUCCUUUCCGCCUCGCGGGCCGGGCUCGCCCACCGAGCGCUGCCCGCCUCGGCCAAUCGUGGCGCCCGCCCGCCUGCGGCCGCGCUCAGUGCCCCGGCCUGGGGGCCGGCCCGCGAGAGGGGCUCGGGAAGCCUCCGCAAGUUCGAAGGGCCUCUGGAGGUAACUCAGCCCCUCGCCAGGACGCGCCGGCAUCUGUCUUUGGCCCCACGUCUUGAAGGGUACCAUGCCCGUGGAAAGGAUGCGAAUGCGCCCAUGGCUGGAGGAACAGAUAAAUUCAAAUACAAUACCGGGGCUGAAGUGGCUUAACAAGGAAAAGAAGAUUUUCCAGAUCCCUUGGAUGCAUGCGGCUAGACAUGGGUGGGAUGUGGAAAAAGAUGCACCACUCUUUAGAAACUGGGCCAUCCACACAGGAAAGCAUCAACCAGGAGUAGAUAAACCUGAUCCAAAAACAUGGAAGGCGAAUUUUCGAUGUGCCAUGAACUCCUUGCCUGACAUUGAAGAAGUCAAGGAUAAAAGUAUAAAGAAAGGAAACAAUGCCUUCAGAGUAUACCGGAUGUUGCCGUUAUCUGAAAGACCUUCUAAGAAAGGAAAGAAACCAAAGACAGAAAAAGAAGACAGAGUGAAGCACAUCAAGCAAGAACCAGUUGAGUCAUCUUUGGGGCUUAGUAAUGGAGUAAGUGAUCUUUCUCCUGAGUAUGCCGUCCUGACUUCAGCUAUAAAAAAUGAAGUGGAUAGUACGGUGAACAUCAUAGUUGUAGGACAGUCACAUCUGGACAGCAACAUCGAGGAUCAAGAGAUUGUCACUAAUCCUCCGGACAUUUGCCAGGUUGUAGAGGUGACCACCGAGAGUGACGAACAGCCGGUCAGCAUGAGCGAGCUCUACCCUCUGCAGAUUUCCCCCGUGUCUUCCUAUGCAGAAAGCGAAACUACCGAUAGUGUGCCCAGUGAUGAAGAGAGCGCCGAGGGACGACCACACUGGCGGAAGAGGAACAUUGAAGGCAAACAGUACCUCAGCAACAUGGGGACACGAAGCACCUACCUGCUGCCCAGCAUGGCGACCUUCGUUACUUCCAACAAACCUGACCUCCAGGUCACCAUCAAAGAGGAGAGCUGUCCGGUGCCUUACAACAGCUCGUGGCCCACUUUACCAGACCUCCCCCUCCCGCCCUCCGUGACCCCAGCGCCCAGCAGCAGUCGGCCGGACCGGGAGACGCGGGCCAGCGUCAUCAAGAAAACGUCAGAUAUCACCCAGGCCCGCGUCAAGAGCUGUUAAGCCUUUGACUUCCCCCGGUGGUUGUUGGGAUGUCUUGGCUGUGUUUUGUUGUUUGUUUGUAUUUUAUUUUUCUCUCUGACACCUAUCUUAGACAAAUCUAAGGGAAAAAGCCUUGACAAUAGAACAUUGAUUGCUGUGUCCAACUCCAGUACUGGAGCUUCUUUUUAACUCAGGACUCCAGCCCAUUGGUAGACGCGUGUCUCUAGAGCCUGCUGGAUCUCCCAGGGCUGCUCCCUCAAGUUCAAGGACGUCAUAGGACCAACACCCACACGGGCAGCGCGGUGCUGCAUUGCCUGCGGUCAAGGCCAGCACAGUGGAGUGGAUGCCUCCGAACGGAUGAGAAAAUGUGAACUAGCUGGAAUUUUGUAUUCUUGUGAAUAUGUACAUAGGGCAGCACUAGCGACGUUGCAGUCUGCUUCUGCACCUUAUCUUAAAGCACUUACAGAUAGACCUUCUUCUUGUGAUCUUGCUCUAUUUCACGGCACAUUUCAGCGUUCCCCCUUCGCGGCCCUUUGUGUCCUGCCUCCCGGCCCGUCCCCGCCACUUUCUUUCCUCCUUGUCCUCCCCACAGAGGCUGUGUUCCGCAUCCCUGAGGAGGAGAAGAAGAAAAAGAGCUUCUCCACAGAUGUCCCAUUUUUAAGACUGCUUUAAAAAAAAAAGAAAGAAAGAAAGAAAGAAAGAGAAAGAAAAUCUAAUCUGCUGUGCUUGAAUGCCACGCGGUACAGAGGAAAACUAUCAUGGAGAUAUUAUGCAAAUUCCCAGAUUUGAAGACAAAAAUAUUCUAAUUCUAACCAGAGCAAGCUUUUUUAUUUUUUAUACAGGGGAAUAUUUUAUUCAAGGUAAAAUUCUAAAGAAAAUAGAAUUGUUUUUUAUCUUUUCUACAGCAAAUUUAUAAUUUUAAGAUUCCUUUUCUUGUUUAUCAGCAGUUGUUAUUACAUCCUUGUGGCACAUUUUUUUUUAAUUUUGUAAAGGUGAAAAAGCUUUUAUGAGCUCAUGUAGCAAUCAAAUUAUCCUGUGGAUUGAUAAUAAAUGAAUAUGAUAUAUAGUUAAAUUUUUAAUGGGCAUCAUG